AUGGCGACUGGUAUCGAGGUGGCGGGGCUCGCUCUCGCGAUUCUACCGCUUUUCGUGAACCAGAUCGAUGCCUACGUCCGUGGCAUAGAAAAGAUCAGGGGCCUGAGGCACUACCGACGGGAGUUUAAAGGCUAUUCAGUGGGCCUCCGCACACAGCAUGCAAUUCUACUCAACACGCUGGAACAGGCCUUGGAAGGGGUCGUGGAGGAUGAGGAUCAAGUUUCGGAGCUCAUCAGCGAUCCACAGGGCGAUGGGUGGAAGGACCCGGACUUGCAAAAGCGACUACGCAGGAAGCUGGACCGAAACUACGGGGUAUUCAUGGACAAUAUGGCUGGUCUCUCCGAGUUGCUGGAAAAACUAUCGCAUAAGCUGGAUGUGGACGCAACUGAUAUAAAGAUACCAGUUACCGAAGCCCAGAGUAAAUGGAAGUUUCGAAAGAUCAUUAGCAAGGCAGUCUAUGACGAUCUCCUCCUGAAGAUUGACGGAACCAAUACAAUCCUUAAGACUCUGAUCGACCAGUCAUUUUACUUAGAAGAUACCAAGAAGAGGCGACAGACCUGGAGCUAUCUUCUGAAACGGUACCAAAGGGCGCGCAGACAUGCCGAUGGACUGUUCAAAGCAAUCAUUGGAGGAAACUAUUGGCACUGUCAGUGCAAGAAGCACCAUCACGUCCACCUCAAACUGCAAAUAAACUCCUUGCAGAGUGUCGAAAAAUACCCUGACAGCGAAUUCGAUGCCAGAUCCCAAUUUCGAAUGAUCUUCUCUAACAUGAAGGAGGCGGAUAUAACGUGCCUAUGGACUUGGACAGAAGUGGUAUUUGAGCCCUGGCAGGUUGAAGAUAUAGUCACAGUUGCUAGUCGCUCUCUGCAUGACGAUUCCAAGUCUCAUAAGCAGAAGAAGCCUAAGGUUCAGUUUCAUAUCCCCCCCGUGGAGGAAGUACGGUCAUCGGAAAAACGCCGAGAGUCGUCUCUAUCCACUCCACCAAUCCAAGACUUUUGCUCGUCCCUUUCGUCUCUUUGCGUCGCCGAGUCAUACUUUGAGCGGCGAGAAAGCAUAGGUUCCAUUUCGAAUGACCUGGAUGACUCUGUUAAAUAUACGAUGCAUGCCGUGAAGGUGCUUCCAAAGCGCAUUCCUCAAAAGCCUCUCCGUGAAGUACUAUCACAUAUCAGUCGACGGGACCGCCUUCAUAUUGCUACUGCUCUAGCAUGUGGUAUGGUCCAGUUCUGCGGCAAUUGGUUAAAAUCCUGGUGGGACAUCUCCGAUGUCUACCUGGCCGCUACAAGCGACGAUGGUGGCAAUGUACUAUUGGAAAAUAUAUACCUAUCUUGGCCUAUUUCCACCACUAGCACAACACCAGGGCCUCGCAAUGAUACUAAUUAUCCCAAUUUUGGGGAAAAUCGUCUAUUGCCACUGGGGCUUGCGUUGGUGGAGCUGUCUCUUGGAAAGUCUCUCCACGCAUUGUUGGAUCUGGAGGACGAGAAUCAGGAUACACUGAUGACGAAAUUCAAGACCGCUUCAUGGCUUGUCAACAGGGUGUACAUGGAGAGUGGGACGAAUUAUGCCCAUGUAGUUAAUCGCUGCUUGUCUUGGUCGGCUCUAUGUCUUGAGAAAGGGUUCGAGGAGCAUGUCUUCGACACUAUCAUUUCUCCGUUGCUGAAAGACUUGGGCAAUUUUGAGGGCCUAGCAUAA